AUGGCCUGCUGCGCUACCAGCUUCUGCGGGAUUCCCAGCUGCUCCACCAGCGGGAGCUGCCCGUCGUCGUGCACGGCCGUGGUGUGCAGGCCCUGCUGCUGGGCGUCCACCUGCUGCCAGCCCGUGACCGUGCAGGCACCCUUCUGCGGGAUUCCCAGCUGCUCCACCAGCGGGAACUGCGGCUCCAGCUGCAGCCAGCCCAGCUGCUGCCAGCCCAGCUGCAGCCAGCCCAGCUGCUGCCAGCCCAGCUGCUGCCAGCCAACCUGCUCCCAGACCAGCUGCUGUGGAACCAGCUGUGGCCAGGAGGGUGGCAGCGGUGCCGGCGCCGUGAGCUGCCGCACCAGGUGGUGUCGUCCAGACUGCCGCGUGGAGGGCACCUGCCUGCCACCCUGCUGCGUGGUGAGCUGCACGCCCCCAACCUGCUGCCAGCUGCACCAUGCCCAGGCCUCCUGCUGCCGCCCGUCCUACUGUGGACAGUCCUGCUGCCGCCCCGCCUGCUGCUGCCACUGCUGCCAGCCCACCAGCUGCCAGCCCAGCUGCUGCCAGCCCAGCUGCUGUGAGCCCAGCUGCUGCGAGCCCAGCUGCUAA